AUGGGCAGUAGGAAAAAGCAGCAGCUACUUAACAUAAAAAUACCCUAAAAUAAAAACAAGCUCUAGAACUACACCCAUAUCGCAAAUAUUAUUGACAACGUCUACCUUUCAGACUACAAUACAGCCCAGGAUUUCCAAGUCUUAACGCUCUUCAAAAUCACUCACAUAAUCAACUGUUCACCAUAAAAUUGUAUAAACAAUUUUGGAAACAAAAUUUAGUACUUAAAUGUAGAAAUUCUUGAUGAAUGGGAAGCCAACUUGAUAGAAAAUCUUGAUGCGAUUUUUAAGUUUAUAUAAAAGUCAUAAAGACAAAACGGUCGAAUACUUAUUCACUGCUAUCGAGGAAUAUCGAGAAGUCCUUCUGUAGUUAUAGCUUAUAUUAUAAAAAAUCUAAACAUCAAUGAGAACUAAGCUUUGAAAUACUGCAAGUCUAGAUAUCAGUAAGCAGAACCAAAUGCUUCCUUUAUGAUAUAGUUACAAUCAUAUUAUAAAUAAUAGCAAGAUAACUAGAAACUAUUUUUAAAGCAACAGCAAUAACAAUAACAACAGUAAUUCCAAGAAAUAUAGAAACUUAACAAUGUGAACAGUCACGAAAUUAAAUAAAUUGACUAAAAUUAAUAAUAAUAACUUUAUAUUUAAAGAAAUCUUACUAAUAAUCCUCUUAAUUAGUAAGAGAAUCAAUUUUAUUAAAGCAGUCCCUUUAAUUUACUGCAUUUUUAAUAAAAUAAAUCGCUAUUUUAAAAUGUUGAGUAAUCUUGCUUGAUUUCACUACAAAACUCCACUAUUAGCAAUUCUAAUAUAGCUUAAUAGUAAAAUAUUUAGGAUCCUAUUUUAAAUGGGUGGAAUGUUUCCAAAAACAAUCAAGACUAUCAAAUCAAUUUAAAUAAAAUUUCAAGUCAAAAAAAUGACUUUCGAAUAUCUAAAAAUGACGAUUAGUUAAACAAUAACAAUUGCUUAUAGAUUAAUAAAUACCCUGAAUUACUCAUUCCCUAAGAAGAACAUCUCAGCAGUUUAGAGUGCUAAAAUUAAAAUAACAACUAAUAAAAUUUAUCCUUAAACAAACCUUUAAAAUCCCCAUCAAAUUACAACCAUAUUAAUUAUGUUAAGGGAAAAACACAGAUAGAAUAAUUUUCUGACUAAAACUUAGACAAUAUUUAAACUCACUGGGAUCAUCUUUCAUAUAAUUGCUAAUCACAUAUGGAUUUAAAUUAUAGGCAUACUUUUUCUGCUAGCUGCCAAGACUAUUCUUAGUUGGUGUUAAAUAGUAAUGAAGGCAAUUAAUCCAAGUUUUUUAGGCACUCUUAUCAUGGCGAUAUCAACUCUAUGAAUAGCUACUUAAUCUAAACUCAAUCCAAUUCUGCACACUCAUAACCUCUCCAAUAAAAUAUUAGCGAGGAAACUAAUACAACAAAAUAAGAUCCUCAAAACUAGGUAGAAAUAAAAAAGAAUAACAUUCUAAUUCAUUCAAACGAAGAACUUGAUAGCAACUGUAGUAUCUAUGCCUAAAGCGAUAAAUGCAGCAAAUAAUAAAAAAUAAUUUCUGAAAAUCAAACAUAAAAUAACCAAAAUGGAUUUCAAUCAGACUCGUUUGCUAGCGAAAAAUCUUAUAUUGAGAACAACUCAAUAAACUAACAAAGAGAACUCAGAAACAGUAACCAAUCCAACAUGAGCACAACCAAUAACAAUGAAACAUCUUUUUGCUCUAUAAAUCAUGAAAAAAAAUAUUACAACGACUACUUUUAUGAUGAUGUUGAUGAAACACUCUUUGGUUCAUGGCCUCAAAAAAAAAUAAGUAAUUUCUUAUUUUCAAAAUAUUUAUUUUCUCUUUAUUUAUUAAAACACAUUUUUUGA